GUUUGGAUUUAAAGAGAUGUUGCACCAUGUGUUGCACUCUGUCCCACACAAUGGGAACCGAGUCUCCUCUGCACAUUUAUGAUCGUUAAAUUGUAUUUAUGAGCAUGCUUACAGAUGCUUUUGGAUCUAUGGAUGAGCAUUCGCAAAACUGUACUGUCAGAAGACAAGCAGUUCUCAGUAGGCUAGCCUGCUGAAAUUUACAGCAAGUCUGCAGAAAAUCUGAGUGAUCGUUAAUUCGCUGGAUAGGCUAGUUGCUCAGUUACCUGAGGACCCUCAGACGUCAUCACCUCGUCAUCAUCAGAACUCAUCCACCAUGGGUCACUUAACCUCUGCAUUACUGAGGGGGAUUUCUCUCCUGCUGGUGACCCAAUGUGUGUUUACUAUGAUGUUGUUUAAUGCCACAGAUCUUGGCAUUCUCUUGGAUAAGUACCUGGAAGAUGAUGAUGGAGACUGGAUGGUGGAGAGACAGCGAGGCAAGAGGGCCAUCACUACCAGUGACAUGCAGGCUAUCCUGAACCUUCACAACAAACUUCGAGGGCAGGUUUACCCACCAGCUUCAAAUAUGGAAUACAUGGUGUGGGACACUGAACUGGAGCGGAGCGCUGAGGAAUGGGCCGAGACCUGCCUGUGGGAGCAUGGCCCAGCUGGUCUGCUGCCUCAGAUUGGUCAGAACCUGGGAGUCCACUGGGGAAGGUAUCGUCCACCUACUUCUCAUGUACAAGCCUGGUACGAUGAGGUCAAAGACUACUCAUUCCCAUACCCCCAGGAAUGUAGCCCUCACUGUCCUUUUAGGUGCAGUGGUCCAGUCUGUACCCACUACACUCAGCUUGUUUGGGCAACUAGUAGUCGAAUUGGCUGUGCGAUCAACGUGUGCUACAACAUGAAUGUGUGGGGCCAGAUUUGGGCAAAAGCAGUUUAUCUUGUGUGCAACUACUCACCAAAAGGUAACUGGUGGGGAUAUGCCCCAUAUAAACAUGGCGCCCCUUGCUCUGCCUGCCCACCUAGCUAUGGAGGAGUUUGCAGAGAAAAUCUCUGUUAUAAAGGUGAUGGAACAAAUAGACAAAGCCCACGUGAGGAAACAGACGAAAUAAAUUCUAUAGAACCCGAGGUCCCUCACAGUUCUGGACCCCAUUUACGGCCCCCAAGUCCUACCAGACGGCCAAAUACAGUUGUGAGCAAAGAGCAGAUGUCACAGAUUGUGACAUGUGACACAAAGCCAAGAGACCAGUGUAAAGGCACCACAUGUAAUAGGUACGAGUGUCCUGCUGGUUGUUUAGACAGUAUGGCAAAGGUGAUUGGAACAGUGUAUUAUGACAUGCAAUCAAGUAUUUGCCGGGCAGGCAUCCAUUAUGGUGUCAUUGACAAUGAUGGAGGCUGGAUGGAUGUCACAAGACAGGGCAGGAAAGACUUCUUCAUCAAAUCAUACAAAAAUGGACUUCAGUCCUUUGGGAAGUACCAGAGUGCCAAUGCCUUCUCAGUAUCCAAAAUGACAAUAAAAGUUAUCACAUGUGAGACUACAGUUUCUGUGCUGUGCCCUUACCACAAGCCUGCAAGACACUGUCCUAGGAUUUACUGUCCUCGCAACUGCCAGCAAGGAACUCCCCUUUCUCGAGUCAUAGGCACCAGAAUUUAUUCAGAUAAAUCUAGUAUAUGCAGGUCUGCAAUUCAUGCCGGCGUGUUAAGCAACGGGUCAGGUGGUUACAUUGACGUGAUGCCCACAGACAACAGGAAGCUGUACAUUUCCUCAUACCAGAAUGGCAUAGUCUCAGAAAGCCUGCCGAACUCCGCGGGUGGCAAAGCAUUCAGAGUAUUCGCAGUUGUUUGAAAUCGCGGCCACUAUCAACUUGUUCUGUUGAUUAGGCUGUAAUUGUGGCCAUUGUGAGACCUUUUCUGCUCUAACCAGCCUAUACUAUAUUUCCUUUCACACAAAUGUUGCCUGAACUAAGAAUUUGCUGUAUAGACUGAGACCCUCUCCAAUUCAUCAAGCUGAUUAGCCAUUGUAUUGCCUAAAAAGCAUGUAAUUAGAGGAUCGUCAGGGAAUAUGGUGUCUGUAUUGUAGAGAAAAAGCACUUAAGUUAAGUUUUAAGCUUCCAUUAUUUUCAUAAAGAACAUUUCAGAGACUAUUAUAGCAUAUCUACAAUAUAUUUUAGAUGUUAAGUUGACAUAUUAAGUUGUCUUGUUAUGUUGUCAUGUUAUUUUUUUCACUGUAUAUAUAUAUAUAUAUAUAUAUAUAUAUAUAUAUAUAUGGGCAAGAAAGGACUGCUGAUAAAGUUUUAGGGUUUUUUUUCUGAUUAUUUGGAUGAAAAUAAAGAAUGUGGAUAUAAUCCUGCAGGGCAGGAGUUAACGUAUAAAAAACAUCCAACAAAAUGUUAUAUGAAACGUCUACAUUAUUAAACACUGUAAAUAGCUUGUUUUGAAUAGCUUGUCUUAAUUGUAAUGAGGUUCUGUAUUCAUGUGCUGUGUACUGUAUCAUAAAGCAACUUUAUUAUCAUUUAAUGUUUUUUAUAGGUUACUUAAAAAAUCGAGUGUUUAUAUGAUGUCCAAAUUAAUUUGGGGUGCCAUUUUGUAUGCAGUUUUUUUGGGGAACAUUUGUAUUUCCUUGAAGUCGACAUGAAACGGAAGUUGUGAUAGUCGUUUCUUCCCUAUUUUGAUGUACUGUAUAUCUGAGUGAAACUGCUUCUCGAACAAGAAAAAAAAAUGUAGGGCAGGACUUGAGUUUGUCAAUCGGGAACUAAUUGGAUCGUGUUAUUGCUGUAAUGUGAGUGAGAGAUUUGCCAUCCUUACGCCAGUAAAAUGGAUUUUCAUGGAGGCUUUAAUGCAGUGGUUCUCAACUGGUGGGUCACAACCCAAAAAAUAGUCACAGAUCGGUUCCAAUGGGAAAAAAUCUAACCAUAUAAUUGGGUGAACGCGAUUUAACCAAGUACAACAUGUUCUGGCAUCAACAUUUCAAUCAACCAAUCAAAUUUGAGAAACCAGUUGCUAACCAUUGUCUUAAAGUGGGGAUACAUUAGUGAAAUGUAAUGGUCAAAAUGUCCUUUGUCUUACGUGUAGCAAUUUAUGAAGCACCGCUCAAAGUCACUUUCCGUGUGGAAAGAGAGAAAUCUCCAAAACUGUCCAGUGGCGAUUGGCACUUUACAUUGUCCUCCCCUUACAAUGUCUUAUCAUAAUGGCCUUGUAUAAUGAAUGCAUAUGGUUGUACAAAUUAUUUUUUUUCUACCUCACAUUGUUUAAGAAACAUAUUAUAAUAAACUUAAUCAGUCUCUUGUA